CAGGAGAACCGAAGAAAGGAAAACAAAAAAAAAAUACAAAGAUGGAAAACUCGAGCUAUAGUUCUAAUCCACAUGUCACCCUAGAAGUUGGAGAAGAAUGCCCAUACCCAUACCCAUACCCAUGGCAUGUUUACACCCCCAGUUUUGUUAGCUUGAAGCUGAGUGGUAAAGAUGAGUAUAUUAUGUGGAAAAAACAGAUGCUAUGUCUAUUAGAGAGUCAUGAUAUGUUUGGUUUCAUUGAUGGGACACUCAUAAGCCCUGAUGAAGCCCGUAGUAGUAGUAGUGUUUCAGGGAAGGGGAAAGUGGGUGAUCGUCAGACAUAUCACAAGCUGUGGAAAAGAUCUGAUGCCCUUGUGAAGGGUUGGAUUCUUGGUUCUCUCUCUAAAGAAACACUCAGGUACGUUGUCAAUUGUCUUGCAGGAAAACGCCAUCAAGAUGAUUUCAGUGCAAAAGAUGUUUGGGAUGAACUGCAGACUAUGUAUGCUCCUCAUGUACUUCCAGAAGUGCGACAUGUUAACGUUGUUGAAGAUACACUACAAGAUCAAGACAGAGCAGACGAUAUCAAGAGAUUGUACGAAUAUACUGAAGUAGGAUAUUGGUAUGGGGUCGAAGAUAUAUUGAGUGAGGGAAGGGUUACAGUGGUAGACAAAAUCACCAAUAAAGGCAACACCACGCUCCAUGUAGCAGUAGGUACUUCCCAGAAGCUGGAAUUCCUAGAGAAAUUGUUGGCAUGGAUACCUGAGAACACAAAACUCAUGGAUCUAAUGAAUUCAGAUGGAAGCACGCUGCUUCAUGUUGCUGCUAUUAUUGGCAACACUGAAGCUGCUGACAUCUUGGUGACAAGAAACCAUGAGUUGUUGUUAGCCAAAGACAACAAGGGUCAGACUCCACUAGACUUGGCUUUUUCUCAUAUGCAUACAGAGACAGCCCGACAACUGCUGCAACACAUCAAGACUGAUAUACAGAAGGAUGCUCUGUUUUCUGGCACAACAGGGGAUGAGCUUCUCGGGACUGUUAUUUCUUCUAAAGAUUUUUGCUUGGCAGCUGAUCUAAUACGGCAUUAUAGAAACUUGCAUGGUAAUACGGCGCUUAUGGCAAUAGCUGAAAAUUUCCCAUGUGAACUCAGCGUAUUGGCAAAAUAUAUAGUUGGGGCUGAUGAGAUACGUGAUAGACUAAGGCUCUUCGUUGUAAGAACCACUAUGGAUUGGAUUGCCAGAUGUCUUCCAUCAUUGGUUCCAUGGGUGAAUCCAAUGUUCAAGGCAUUCUUCUAUGUAAUUUGCUGGAGUGAUAUGCUAUUCCGGACAAUCCUUUACAUGUUAGUUUCGCCAUUCAUUAACAAGAGUGUUAAAAAUAAUGAGGAUGCUAUAAAACUGUUGAACUAUGUAUGCGAUUUGAUAGUGGAUUCAAAUCACAGCUCCUCUUACCAUCACUACUACACAAAGCCAAUUCUUGAAGCCACAAGACUAAAUGCACACCAAGUUGUACAUAUAAUUUGGUUUCAUUUCCCAAAUGCAACUCUGAGUGCCAAUGAAGAUGGUCACAACAUUUUUCAAUAUGCUGUGAUACAUCGCUCAGAAAAGGUUUACAAUUUCCUAUACCAAAUGACGGGUCAUAGGAAGAAUAUAUAUCGGACAAUCAAAGACUUUUGUGGUAAUAACCUCUUGCAUUUGGCUGCAAGAUUGGCACCCACAGACAAAUUGAAUCGUAUAUCUGGUGCAGCCUUACAAAUACAACGUGAACUACAAUGGUUUAAGGAAGUUGAAGGAUUUGUAUAUCAGUUAAGCAUCACUCAAAAGAACUCUAGUGGUGAAACGCCACAAAUGGUAUUUACUAGAGAACACAAGGACUUGGUUAUUGACGGAGAAAAAUGGAUGAAGUCCACUGCGGGGUCCUACACAAUUACGGCUGCAUUAAUCAUCACCGUUGUGUUUGCGGGAGCUAUUACAGUGCCGGGAGGAAGCGAUCAAAAUGCGGGCAUACCAAUUUUUACCAAUAGCACCGCCUUCAAAAUAUUUGCAAUAUCAGAUGCCAUAUCGUUAUUUGCAGCUGUUACCUCAUUGUUAAUGUUUUUGUCGAUUCUCACUGCACGUUUCGCUGAACAAGACAUUCUCUACAAGUUGCCUACAAAGUUGAUAAUUGGUUUGGCCACAUUGUUCAUCUCAACCACAGCCAUGAUAGUAGCUUUUUCUGCAACGUUAUACCUUGUAUUUGGGCAAAGCAACUCACGAAUUCUUAUUCCAAUAGCUGUGUUGACAUGCCUACCAAUCACUUCUUUUGUGACCUUGCAGUUCCCUCUCGUCUUAGACUUGAUAAGUGCCACAUAUGGUAGUAGUAUUUUUGGUAAGAAAAGAUAUUAUCGCUUUAUUUUACUCGAAUGAUGGACCAAAUAGAAGUGCAAACUGAGAAAAUAUGUAAUUCAGUUUGAACUAGAUAUGGGUUGGUCCUUAGGUUGUAAUUAUUGGGACAUUUACUAUUUAUGAAAACUAGCAAGUUAGUAUAUUAA